ACCAUCAUGUCCUUCAGAUUUGUUUUGAAGUUCAAGGUGAUCAGUUCUUCAUGAGGCUGUGUUUUGAUUUAAGUGUGCCUUAACUACCACCAUGGAUUACGCACUGAUAUUUUGGUUACUUUUUGCGGUCUUUUCGACGGGUUUUUGUGCCUCCAUCGAGAAAAAUAACAGUGAACCUGAAACUGUAACAGUGCGAAAAAACAGUUCUCGCAAGAUCUCCUUAGGUGAUCUCAUGACAUGCGGUCUAACACGUGACAUCUCCUGCUUUUUGGACGCAGGAGACGCGUUCGUGGAGGAAAAGAAGAACGAGAUUUUAGCACAAGCCGAUAUGGCAAGAGCUACAGGCCGGGCCAAUGACGAAAACUCCCCAAGUCACUUGAGCAAAGCCAUCAGCCGAAUUGUCUCAGAAUUAACCGACAUAUUCAAGGACAGUAUCUUCAGUUUCUUCAAAAGUGCCAGGGAAGGGGAGGAAGACGACGAGAUUGAAGACACAAGUGGAGAAAAAGAGGAAUCUUCAGCCAAGCCCAGCGGGAGAAAAGUUGGAGAAUCGCGUAAGAAGAAGAAGAAGGAGAAGCUGAUCGGUUUGAUCAAACUGAUAAUCAUCGGAAUUGUGCUCAAAGCUAAAAUAACUCUGCUGCUGAAAGCCCUAUCGGCGGCUUUGCAGGUCAAAUUCUUCCUGGUAGCUUUGGCGGGCUUGAUUUUGAACGCGGCGCGGUUCUACUUGGAUUUGAAAAAAGGGCACCAGCCACAGAAAGUAAUUUAUUACGAGCACGCCCAGCACCAGCACCACUAUGAAGGGGAUGACGAUUGGGGCAGCUCCGGCCCUGGGGGCGGCUACUGGGGACGUUCGUAUGAUGAGGAAGAAACGUCCCCGCACAGUUUAGCAUACGCUAAACAACGACCUUACAAACGAGUGGAGAAAGACGAACCGGGCUUUUCCUGGUUCGGUUAACUCACAUUUGAGGCAUUAUAGAGUUAGAGAUGUUCUCAGGUAUUGCGUUUCGUGCGAGAACUUGUAAAUUUUUGAAAAAUUCGAGUAACUAGUCAUAAGUGUGGGAGCAUUUACAAUUAACUUAUUUAAUUUAUUUUUUAUUUAUGAUAGGUUUAGUUCAGAUAUUUUUUUAACUUGUAGUGUAAGUGAUGAUGUAAUAGUUUUGAAAAAAAUGUAACUGGAUUACUCACAUGUGACAAAAGUUCAGGCACGUGUAACAUUGUACAAGAAUCUAAAAUAUACAUCUUGACUGAAACAGUA